AUGAAUGAAAUGCCAAGAAAUGAAAGAGAAUCUUCAGAGGAAAGAAAGCUAGAACUAAGGCUUGCUCCACCUGGUGUUGAAAACUGGUUUCACACCAACAACAAACAAAGAGAUCUUGAUUUUGAUCAUGACUCUAAACUCUCUCUUGGUACUAGUAAUUACUUUCCAACAAACAAUACAUCAUCAUUUCUUCACUUUCCAUCAAACCAACAACAUGUGAUGAGAGCCAAAGAAUCUUCAUCAUCACAACCCUCUUGUCCUAAGCUAGUAGACUUACAGAAUGGUGAUAAUAACAAAGUUACAGCUGUUUCCAACACUUCUCAGAAAAGAACUGCUCCUGGACCAGUAGUAGGUUGGCCACCUAUACGUUCAUUCAGGAAGAAUCUUGCAACAAGCAGUAUUUCUAAACCAACAUCACAAACUGAUUCUCAGACUCAACAUCAUAACAAGGUUGUUGCUGGUAAAAAACCUGUUGAUAACAACUAUGGUAGUAAAGGUUUGUUUGUUAAAAUCAACAUGGAUGGUGUUCCUAUUGGUAGAAAAGUUGAUCUCAAAGCUUAUCAUAGUUAUGAAAAUCUCUCCAUAGCUGUGGAUGAACUCUUCAGAGGACUCCUUAAAGCUCAAGGAGAUUGUUCUGGUUGUGGAAGUAAGAAAAGUAAUGAAGAUGAAGAAAAAGUGAUUAUUGGAAUAUUGGAUGGAAGUGGAGAAUAUACUCUUGUAUAUGAGGAUAAUGAAGGAGACAGGAUGCUUGUUGGUGAUGUCCCAUGGCAUAUGUUUGUAUCAACAGUGAAGAGGCUUCGAGUGUUGAAGAGUACAGAGCUUUCUGCAUUUACACUUGGGAAUAAGCAAGAGAAGACAUGUACUUGA